GUCAGACCUUCGCCUCAAAUCAAACGCCGUCUUUGGAUCAAUUUUGUAGGCCUUACACUAAUAAACAACAGGACAAGAAGAACACUAGACAGCAAUCAUGACAUAGCCCACCACUUAAGGAGCGGAUUCCAGACGGUCCUCAGGAAACGGUCCAGGAGGGUGGUGGAGCGGAGGAUGGAGGUGCCAGGCCCGUCGAGCGGAAGAGGGCCUAGAGACUGUGGUAGGACGGGAGGCCAGGACGGAGCAGGCAGUGCAGGUGACCAGGGCGGAGCAGACGACCCAUCAGAGAAGCGUGGCCUCCUUGGUGUUAUCAAGGGACAAACUGCAGACUGCAAAAUCCUAACAUUUACUCAAUUUCUGUUGGAGAAAUGGGGAAGUACUGCUGUGGAUGUUGCACCUACUUCUUGACUGAAGAUGAGAGGAACGCCAUCGCCAUAAAUAAGGAAAUCCAACAUAUCCUUGCAGAGCAGAGGAAAAAAGAACGGAAAGAAAUCAAGUUGCUUUUAUUAGGCACGGGAGAAAGUGGAAAGACAACGUUUACGAAGCAAAUGAGGAUUAUUCAUGGCAAGGACUUCUCAACUGACGAGAAGCGUAGCUACACUAAACUGGUUUUCCAGAAUAUCUUACAAGCUAUGAGUGCAAUAACAGAAGCCAUGAACACGCUAAAGAUUCCCUACUCCAACCCACAGAACGAGGUUUAUGCCCAGUGGUUCAAGGAUUUGGACAUACAUCAGAUAACACAGCUGCAGAGAAAUUACAUAGAGGCUAUUCGUCAACUAUGGGAAGACCAAGGCGUUAAGAUCUGCUAUGGACGGCGCAGAGAGUAUCAGCUACUAGACUCCACUAAGUACUUUAUUGGUGACUUGGAUCGCAUCACAGCCGAAGGCUACAUCCCAACAAAUCAAGAUAUUCUUCAAGUCCGAUUCCCCACUUCCGGCAUCAUAGACUAUUGCUUUGAAUUGGAGAAGAUGACUCUCAGGAUUGUAGAUGUCGGUGGUCAGAGAGGACAGAGAAAGAAGUGGAUCCAUUGCUUUGAAAAUGUGACAUCGCUCAUAUUUCUAGCCUCCAUGAGCGAGUACGACCAACUUCUGGAGGAGAAUAACAAGGAUAACCGUAUGCAGGAGAGCUUGUCACUGUUCUACACGACCAUCCACUCAAAGUGGUUUGCUAAUUCCUCUGUCAUCCUGUUCCUGAACAAAAAAGACAUCCUGGCUGAAAAGAUUCAGUUCUCAGAUCUAAAAACAUACUUUCCAGAAUUUAAAGGUAAACGUCGGGACGCUCAAGAUGCCAUGGAUUUCAUCAGAAGUUUAUAUAUACAGAAUGCAGUUUCCAAAGAGACAAAGAGCUCCAAACAAAUCUACUUGCACUUCACCUGCGCCACGGACACCAAAAACAUCCGCAAAGUCUUCUCCGACGUCAAAGACACUGUCCUUGUCAAGGUCUUAAACGAUUUUGGAGUUAUCUAAUGAGCCCUAAAUGCACCUUCAGUUUGCAUACUCAUCAGCCAAAUGAAUGUGUUAUCAUUAUUUAUUGCUCAACUACCAAGACGUUUGUGGGUGCGAGUUCUAAAACAGUAAUCAAAAUAAAGAUGAAAAACCGCACUCUCUAUGGUUGCAUCUCAUAUAUAUUUAUUAUACUAUGUCCACACAGACGCGUUUCAGCCUAAGCCAUCAUCAGUGAGUGUGUGGUGUGAAACAACAAAGAGAUUGCUUUUAAACAUCACAGGUGAACCCCAUUAACAUCCAAUCAGCAAAGUCAUGUGCAAGUUACCAACAUAAAGACACACAAAGAGUAACAACAAAACAAACCGCUCACAUGUAACCCUUAUAAACAAUUACAAAAAUAAAUAAUAAUAAGGAAAAGUAUAAGAAAAUAAAUAAAUAAAAAUAAAACGGAAACAAACAACAGAUUAAACACAAGAAAUUAAUAAACUUAAUUACAAAUUAAAAUGUUUACAAGAAACAAUUUAACGUCAGUUCUUCAUUUAAACCAUUUGGGUAUACCGUUUGAAGCGUAUAAAUCCCAAAAGCUUUUCGUUGAAAGAGAUAGCGUUCCCUAUCUCCACCCUUGGAAAGACUUAACUAACUCGAUGCCUUGAAAUUGCAUUUAUUGGGUGAAAUGACUCUGUCUGUCCUUUAUCAGAAAUUUCAUUAAAACUUCCACACGAUCUCAUUUAUGUGAAGUGAUGAUGUGUGUUUAUU